AGGCCCGGACGUACACUUAUAAAAUUUCUUUUAAAAGAAAAAAACAUGAGUGCGUUCAUAGUUCUUUCCAUAGCGGCUUUAAUAGCCUUCAUAUAUAGAUUCUUUUCGGAAAAAACCAUUCACCUGAAAAGAAUAUCGAAAUAUGGUAAUGGAAAGAUAGAGGUGUUGAAGUCGCCCCCGGGGCCUGUGGCUUUGCCCGUAGUUGGCAGUUUACAUUUACUGGGAAAACAUGAAUCGCCUUUCCAGUCUUUUACUGAAUUGGCUAAAGAUUAUGGGGACAUUUUCAAACUAACUUUGGGCAGUUCUAAGUGCGUUGUAGUCAAUAAUCUAGACUUGAUCAGGGAAGUUUUGAAUGAGAAUGGCAAGUUCUUCGGAGGGCGGCCAGACUUCUUACGAUUCCACAAGCUGUUUGACGGUGAUAGAAACAAUUCUCUCGCCCUCUGCGAUUGGUCGAACCUGCAAAAGCGUAGGCGCAACCUAGCACGCCGCCAUUGCGGCCCCAAACAGCACACCGACAACUUCAGUCGAAUCGGCAGCGUAGCUACCUUCGAGGCUGUUGAGCUUAUGCAAACUUUGAAACAUAUUACCAGAUCCACCACAUCCGCGGUCAACCUGAAACCCCUCCUUAUGUCCACAGCAAUGAACAUGUUCUCUCACUACAUGUGCAACGUUCGAUUUGACCCUGAAGACGCCGACUUCAAAAAAGUUGUCGACAAUUUUGAUGAAAUUUUUUGGGAGAUCAACCAAGGAUAUGCUGUUGAUUUCAUGCCGUGGCUUGCGCCGUUCUACAAAAAACAUAUGGACAAAUUGCAGAACUGGAGUCAUGAGAUUCGUUCCUUCAUUCUGUCAAGAAUCGUUGAGCAACGUGAAGUGAAUUUGAACACAGAAGGACCGGAAAAAGACUUCUUGGAAGGUCUGUUGAGAGUCCUACGUGAUGACCCCACAGUUGAUAGGAAUACAAUCAUCUUUAUGCUUGAGGACUUUUUAGGAGGACAUUCUUCAGUCGGAAACUUGGUAAUGCUGUGUCUGGCUGCUGUAGCACGAGACCCUGAAGUCGGAAGAAAGAUCAAAUCAGAAAUAGAUUCUGUGACUAAAGGAAAGAGAGCCGUUGGCCUUACUGAUCGCAAUAGCUUGCCAUACACUGAAGCUACUGUUCUUGAAUGUUUGAGAUAUUCUUCGUCUCCUAUUGUACCCCAUGUAGCGACGGAAUCAGCCUCUGUAGCUGGUUAUGGUAUUGAAGAGGGCACCAUUGUCUUUAUCAACAACUAUGAACUGAACACUUCUGACAAAUAUUGGGAUGAGCCAGAGAAAUUUGAUCCGUCUAGGUUUUUGGAACGCCGCAAAAUCAGAGUUCGAAGAAACUCCCAAUGUGAUUCUGGUAUGGAGUCUGAUGGUGAACGUACCGGUGUCGUGGAUAAGACCAAAGAGACGGAGAAGGAAGUUGUUUCAGUAAAGAAGAAUAUACCCCAUUUUUUGCCUUUUAGUAUUGGGAAAAGGACCUGUAUUGGUCAAACUAUGGUAACCACUAUGAGUUUCGUCAUGUUGGCGAAUAUUUUGCAAGAAUAUGACAUCGCGGCUGAGAAUUUAGAGGACUUGAAACAGAAACCUGCUUGCGUAGCUUUGCCCAAAGAUACAUUUAACCUUUAUCUUUUGCCUCGAAAGAAUUGAAUGAUAUUGUUUCUCCCUUUUAGGAAUGAUUCUCGGAAAUUGGGCUGCUUUUUAGUGCAUUGUAGAUUUCUUUUGAUAUCGAUUAUUAUACUGACGUAUACGUGAUUUUCUUGUUUUAAAAAUAGUCUAAUUACAGUAAAAAAUAGUGUUGUGAGUGGAAGAAUGUAGUUAUAUACCGACGACCUGUGGUCGAGUGGUUUGAACACCGGUUUUCAUAGUGUUGCCAUCUUUGAGGCCCCGGGUUCGAUCCCCGGCUGGGUGAAUAUAGAAAACUAUUCUAUAUUUCCUCGGGUCUUACAUUUCUGAACUGGCUUCGAUGAUUAUUUUUUGUGGAAAAGGGGGUACCGUUGUGGUCCUAUUGAAAUGCGAAGAAAAUAUUUCACCUCUAAGGGAUGAAUUAGGUUUAUUACAUUUCAUGCACUUUCCGUUAACCGAUUUCAGUAAAGCUUGGCAGAUGUAAUACCACUAAUGUUGUUUUUUCUAUUAUAAAAAUGUUAUAAUUUUGUUUCUUCUACGUAUUUGAUUGCUUUUAAGGAAAUUAAUGAUGUGGUCUAGUAAAAGAUGAUGAUGUCCUUUUUAACAUGUUUAUCGAAUGCUUGAAAAAGAUUGAUUCUUAUUUGCUCCCUCUCAGAGAUCGGUAUGUGACAAACUAUUCGUCUGUAAUUGGGAGAUGCUGAAAGCGUGGAAGUUAUGCGACAAACAAAUUUGGGUAAAUGGCGCUACAAUUAGAGCUUUUAUCACAUCUUAUUUUCAUUCUGUUAUUAACCCGAUAGAAGGUGUUUUUCGGUUGUACGCAUGUCUGUUUAUUUCUUUUACUAAUCAUGUAACCAAAAGCUGCAUAUUGCGUGAAGUGUCGUUAGAUUCGUUUUAAUUUGCGGAGUUCUUAGUACGCUUUGCAAAAAAAUUUAUAUUUUGUUGAACAUCGUUAUAUUAUACUCCUUGAAAUCGUAUUGGUAUAGCUACCAAACUGAACCUGGGUCUAGGACCGCUGACUGUUUUCAUUGUUAUUAUGACAUUAAAGCCCAUUACUUGACAGAAACAUCUAAUAAGGUAAAAUAUUUUAAAACUACAAAAAGCCGUGUCUUUUAAUAACCAAUAUUACUUUUUGUCCUCCUUAAAAUUUAAAUUUUAAUAACUUAUUUUCAUUCUAACUGGACUUAAUUUUGGUGAAUAUAGGAGUUUAAUUUACGUGUUAGAGCAUUUUACGAUAGCGGAACUCGUGUUACUUUGAAGCUUGUGGCGUUGUGAAGAUUUUGGGGUUUUUUAUAUUUCUUUUUUAUGUUUGUUGUUUACUUUAAGCCCUUUUCCGAGAAAAAUCGCUCAAAACGUAUUUAUACAAAUGUAUUUUUGAAAUAAUUAUUCGCUUAUGCAAUUAAGUAAUUUAUGUUACUCUCCUAUUUUUUCUUUUCUUUCAGUGAUUUAAAAAAAACUAAACAAUGGGGAGUUAACUUGUUGCGGUAGUGAUGUGGUACAUUAAAAUUUGCAAUGGCACCACUGGUAGUUCCAUGGGUACACUUUUGGAUAACGUGCAAACAUAUAAAAAAUUCUUU